GUGCACCAGCCUGUUCUGCAAGCUUGCGUAGGUUUCGACUUGCGCAAGACGAGAGACGACGAUGCUCAAGCGCACGCUGCCGACGUCGACGCCGGCCGAGUACCCGAGCAAGAUCCAGAUCUUGUACCCGCGUCCGGACCAGAGCGGGCCGCGGGAGGCCACCGACGAGGCCAAGCCGUUCGGCGCGUACUACUCGCCACACCUGCCACCGAGCCUGCCACCGCAUCGACCGCACAGCGGGUACGGCGAGUGGCCCAAGUCGCAGUGGGAGCCAUCGAUGGAGCACAGCGAAAGCGGCAAGCCGAUGCUGUACCCGCGCGGCCACGACGACCAAAGCGCCACGCAACACACCACCACGCCGCAACAGCAACAGCAGCAGCACCACCAUCAUCAGCAGCAUCAUCAUCAUCAUCCGCAGCAUCAUCAUCAUCCGCAUCUGCAACACGCCAAUGGACCCGCGAUGAAGCGGUCGUGGCGUGAAAUGGAAGAGCAUUUUGUGUGGCAGCGCGAGACCAAGCGCCGCGAAGACGAGUUUGACGAUGCACCGAUCCUCGCGGCAUCGACGCCGCCCCACGAGAUGGCGCCCGAGCCCGUGUCGUCACCGACGUCGUCCGAGGUGCUCGAGAAGGACGACGAGAAGCUCUUGAACAAGGCGUCGGCAGGAAAGAAGCGCAACCGCAUGAAGGAUGAGAUUGACACGCUGCGAAAAGAGAUCUUUGCCAUGACCAAGCAGAUCGACACGAUGAAGGCGCACCACGGGAAGCACGCGCCGCGCGGCAAGGUGCUCUGGGCCGACAUUGCCAAGCAGCAGGAGGCCGAGCUCGGUCGCGUCGUGCUCGAGAACCAGCAGCUCCGCCAAACGCUCGAGGAGCAUCUGAGCAUUGCGCAAGACUACCUCGACUCGAUUUUGCCCAAGCAGCCGCCCACCAAAGACGUCUCGGCGCUCCCCGUCAUUAUGUGUCUUUAGAAGAUCCUAGCAUCUCCCCGUACCAAUAAAUUCUCGUUCGCUCG